UCGGCCACGGACAGAUCAUGAUGUGCCUGAUGGUCACGCGCGCCCCGACUUCGUCCCUCGCCCUCGCGUCGCUGCACGAGCUCGACAGGCUCUGCGAGAUCUUCCAGCGCUGCUCGGACCGCGCGCCGACGGCCGCGAACCACGUCGUGCGUUCCUCUCUCCCUCUCCUUUCCCUCCUCCUUCCCUCCCUUCCCCACUAACUGUACCUGGCCCCUUGGCGCAGGACAUUGUGCGCAAGCUCCACCGCCAGGCGCACGACGCAUUCGCAGCGCGCGCCGCCGGCCAACAACAGCAACAACAGCCGCAGC